UUCACCUCCUACCCUCGGGCCCCUGGCGCCACCCCUCCCUGCCUGCCAAGGCUGGAUCUGUCCGCGGCUCCAUUUUUGUUUUGGGGCCGAGAGGCGGGGGCUCCGGGCCAGGAGGGGGUCCGAGGGAUCGGCAAUUCUGGCCGGCCGAGGGGAGAGGGGCGCCGUCCUCCUCCCCCCUGCUCUCGGCCCGCACCCCGGCAUCCCCUUCCACCUCCGCGGGGUCUUCCCCCGCCCCUUGUUGCUAAGGCCCGGACCGUCAUCCCAGCAACAGCCUGUCAUGUGACCGGCAAUGGCGGCGCGGACGGGAGCUCUGGUCAGCUGAAUGUGGAAGUAGAGACUUCCGCCACCACUUCCAUGGUCUUUUCAGGCCACACGAUCUCCAAGUAGCAGGGAAAAGGAGCGAGCCUGCAUGCCAAUUCUAAGCUCUUCCGGAUCAAAUGUCGUUCGUCCUGUCCAGAAUGGCAGCCUGCGGAGGCACCUGCAAGAACAAAGUGACCGUCUCCAAGCCUGUGUGGGACUUCCUGAGCAAGGAGACCCCAGCCCGGCUGGCCCGGCUUCGGGAGGAGCACCGCGUGUCCAUCCUCAUCGAUGGCGAGACUUCUGACAUCUACGUGCUCCAGCUUUCCCUACAGGGCCCUCCCCCAGCCCCUCCCAAUGGGCUCUACCUGGCCCGCAAGGCUCUCAAGGGGCUACUGAAAGAGGCAGAGAAAGAGCUGAAGAAAGCUCAGAGGCAGGGGGAGCUCAUGGGCUGCCUGGCUUUGGGGGGUGGUGGGGAGCACCCUGAGCUGCACCGCCCAGGCCCACCUCCUCUUCGAGCUGCCCCGCUCCUGCCCCCAGGAGCUCGAGGGCUCCCACCUCCCCCUCCUCCCCUGCCCCCUCCACUUCCUCCGCGUCUUCGGGAGGGGGCCGAAGAGCAGGAAAGCAUCUGCCCCAUCUGCCUGGGGGAGAUCCAGAACGCCAAGACACUGGAAAAGUGCCGUCACUCCUUCUGUGAGGGCUGCAUCACGCGGGCCCUGCAGGUGAAAAAAGCCUGCCCCAUGUGUGGCCGAUUCUAUGGGCAGCUGGUGGGCAACCAGCCCCAGAAUGGGCGGAUGCUGGUCUCCAAGGAUGCCACCCUCCUGCUACCCAGCUAUGAGAAGUACGGCACCAUUGUCAUCCAAUACGUCUUCCCGCCCGGUGUCCAGGGGGCCGAACACCCGAACCCAGGAGUUCGGUAUCCUGGUACCACACGGGUGGCCUACCUCCCGGACUGCCCCGAGGGCAACAAGGUGCUGACACUGUUCCGAAAGGCAUUUGACCAGCGCCUCACCUUCACUAUUGGCACGUCCAUGACCACAGGGAGACCCAAUGUCAUCACUUGGAACGAUAUCCACCACAAGACCAGCUGCACAGGGGGACCCCAGCUGUUUGGGUAUCCGGACCCCACCUACCUGACUAGGGUGCAAGAGGAACUGAGAGCCAAGGGUAUCACAGAUGACUGAAGGCCACCCCCUUUGCCAAGGCCCCUGCUGCCCUCUUCCACUAGGAUCCAGCGGAAGCCUCUGUUCCCCUCUCUCUCUGCCCCCACACCACCCACGCUAGGGGAUUUGUCCGACCGAGGUGGGAGUUCAGUGGGGAAGGGGACAGUCCCUUCCCCUGUCCCCCAUUGGCCUAGUGCUUCGGUGGCUUUGAGCCACGCCCCUCUGGCAGAGGCUGGUUUCCGGGGCUCCCUCCCUGCACUCCGUGUACAUAUUCUCUAUGCCCCUGCUCCUCCAGUGUCCUUGGCUUUUGCUGGUAUGCACUGUUGUCCAGUGACUGGGCCGAGAAAGGACCUGGGUAGGGGGGGUGGAGGUCUCGAGCUCCAGCCCCUGGAUACUGUACUGUCUCACCUUGGACUGAUAUUAGCUGCCACCCCCCAGCCAGCUGUGUGUUAAGAUAACAGUAGUCCUACCUUAACGGAUCCUUUCUCUCCUGUGUCUGUCUCUGUCAGUCUGUCUUUCUCUCGCUCUUCUCUACCCCUAUAAGGAGCCUCCUCACCCUGUUCUGGAAUUGCUGCCAGACUGUAGCUUUUAAUUUAAUAAAAAUAAAGUAAAAUAUGCAACUCUA